GUUCACUUUGUCAUUACAUUCGAAAUCUCUCUUUUUUCACACUCAUUUUUUCUUUGCUUUUUAGUUAAUUCCGACUUGCAAUCACAGCCGUCCCUCGUAAGACUACAGAAACAGCGCUGACUGGCCACUGAGAACGAUCCGUCCCGUCGAUCUUCAACUGACCCACGGCACUCCGACGAGGCAACUACCUUACUGCCAAAUUCAGUUUCUGAAAGUUUUCAUCACCUCAUUGACUUCGCGGGUUAGAUUGUUUUUGGAGAAAUGGACGUUGACGGCUCCGGAACUACGAAAUUCAACGGAAUCAAUGGCGAUUCACGGAGGUUAGGAGUUUUAUACGACGAUAGGAUGUGUAAACAUCACACACCCGACGGAGACUACCAUCCUGAGAAUCCUUAUCGAAUUAGGGCCAUUUGGAAUAAGUUACACUCCGCUGGCAUUCUUCAGAGGUGUGUGGUCUUGAAAGGGAAAGAAGCAGAAGAUAAACAUAUUUUGGCAGUUCACUCCAAAAAUCAUGUUAAGUUGAUUAAGGAAAUAAGCUCCAAAGAGUUUGAUUCACGAAGAGAUAAGAUUGCCUCAAAACUUAACUCCAUAUACUUCAAUGAAGGGUCAUCCGAAGCUUCUUAUCUGGCUGCUGGCUCUGUCAUAGAUGUUGCUGAAAAAGUAGCAAAAGGAGACUUAGAUUCUGGCAUUGCGAUUGUGAGGCCGCCCGGUCAUCAUGCUGAACAUGAUGAAGCUAUGGGGUUUUGUUUGUUCAACAAUAUAGCUGUGGCAGCAAGCUUUAUUUUGAAUGAAAGACCAGAUUUGGGUAUUAAGAAAAUUUUAAUUGUGGAUUGGGAUGUUCAUCAUGGCAAUGCAACACAAAAGAUGUUCUGGGAGGAUCCCCGUGUUUUGUUCUUCUCUGUUCACCGGCAUGAAUAUGGAAGUUUCUAUCCAGCCACACAUGAUGGUUUUUAUACCAAGGUUGGAGAAGGACCUGGAGCAGGUUAUAAUAUAAAUGUCCCAUGGGAGAAUGGACGAUGUGGGGAUGCUGACUACCUAGCAGUUUGGGACCAUAUCUUGCUUCCUGUUGCUGAGGAAUACAACCCUGAUAUGAUCAUGGUCUCUGCUGGAUUUGAUGCAGCUGUUGGGGAUCCUCUAGGUGGUUGCUGUGUCACACCAUAUGGAUACUCGAUUAUGUUGAAAAAGUUGAUGAAUCUUGCACAAGGAAAGAUUGUAUUGGCCCUGGAAGGAGGAUAUAAUCUCGACUCUAUAGCAAGUUCGAUGCUUGCCUGUGCGGAAUUGCUGCUUGAUGGAAGAACUGUGAAUAAGCCUCAAGAGACUUAUCCAUUUGAGUCAACAUGGCAAGUGAUCCAAGCAGUUCGCCAAGAAUUGAGUCCUUUUUGGCCAAUUCUUUCAGAUGAAAUACCAGACAAUUUGAUCAGUAAAAAGGUGCCACUCCCGGAGGUAUUGCUUUCAAGCUCUGAUUCAGAUGAUGAAGCUUCCAAUGGUAGAUUAAAAAGCCUCGAGGAAGUUCUUCAGGGUAUCACAUUCUCACAAUUGGAAGUUAAGGAAGACAGUCAGGGCCAAGCAGUUAAUGUUACUCAGCCUUGGAGAUCAGAGCUAUCAAAAACUGAUAUCUGGUAUGCUGCAUUUGGAUCAAAUUUGUGGUGCCCAAGAUUACUUUGUUAUAUCAGAGGAGGACAGGUUGAGGGUAUGAAGAGAUCAUGUACAGGUUCAAUGGAUACUACUCCACCAAAGGAGAUUAUGUGGAAAUCGUUUCCUCAUCGUCUAUUUUUCGGUCAUGAGCAUACCAGUACAUGGGGCCAAGGGGGAGUUGCUUUUCUUAAUCCCGAAAGCAACAGCGAGGAGAAAUCUUACUUGUGCUUGUAUAGAAUUACGCUCGAGCAAUUUAACGACCUUUUGUAUCAAGAAAAUAAUGCUAGUAGUUCCCUUUCUGAUAACCCUUUAUUGGAUAUAGCUAAUUUGAACAAAGUCACAAGCAGCCCUUCCAACUCUGUUGAGGUUCCAACUGGGAAAGGCUGGUACCACAACCUCGUAUAUUUGGGGAAAGAACGCGAUAUUCCAAUACUAACUAUGACAUGUUCACAUUCGGAUAUGGAAGACUUUAAAGAUGGAAAAAUUCCAAUCUGUUCGCCAGCAAAAGAGUACGUUAAUACCCUUGUUCUAGGCCUUGCAGGAGGGCCACUUUCAAAGGAGGAAGCACUGGAAUAUAUUCGGAAUGCUUCAACUAAGCCACUGUAAGCGCAAUCCCCUUAUUUGCAAAACUACCUUGUUUUGCAUUUAUGGAAUUAGGUUGAGACUUAAAGAUGUAUUAUGAUAUAUGCAUCUGUCUUUAGGAGGAACCUUCAGAACGAACUUGUUCAAACAAAAUCCAAACCUUGUACAAGAUAUGUUUUGUUAGUUAUAAUGUUUUGUUGGUUAUAUAACUGUAUUCUCGAGUUAUGAGGA